CAGAUGGUUUUGUUUAUGUCGCACAUUUUAUUUUUUCCUGCUUUAUGCAAACUCGAAGUGGUCGUGGUCGGCAUAAAUGUAACUGCUAUUUCCGAUUCCGUAGCUUACUAUUUGCGUUAAUAUUCAUUAAUAUGUAGCGAAAUGAUGGUAGCGCAUUUUGUCACGUACACCAACAAACGACGUGUAGAAAAUUUUACCAACACCAAACACUUUUGGUGAGCCAUGUCGAAUUCGGACUUGAAGAUGGCUUCUGAUGGAGACUCAGUUGACCUUGAAGUUGAAAUUGAAGAUAAUGCUGAAGAAAAAGAAGUUGCUGAACAAAAUGGAGAAGUCUCAACUUCAUCUGAACCCUCCAGCAAACGUAAGCCACGGAAAUUAAACCGUCAACAUAGUAAGGAAAAUCCGAGUGUUCACACCGGAUUUAUACAUGGCCCUCGCAGCUGGAAAAACAGUCGUCGUUCUCGUAACGGCCACGGCCGUGGCCUUCCUAAAAAGGGCGGUGCAGGAGGGAAAGGAGUUUGGGGCGUCCCCGGCUCGGAACUCCUCGAAGCUUACGAAGAUGUAAACGAUCCAAAUUACGAUUACGAGAAUUUAAACAGCGGCGACAUCGAGUUAAAGGUAGUAAUUCCGAAGGUGUCCAUGGAAGACUUGAAGAAAAAAAUUGAACCAAUCAUGCUGGAGUACUUCGAAAAUGGGGAUACACACGAAGCGGCGCUUUCAGUACAAGACACCAUAUCACUAAAAUUCCGUGAUAUCUUCGUGCAAAUAGGCAUCGAAAUCUCGAUGGAUCACAAACCUUCCCAUAGAGAAAUGACGUCUGUUUUAAUUUCGGAUUUAUUCGGCCACGUUAUUAACGAAAUCGAUAUAACUAAAGCCUUCGAAAGUCUCCUGGUUAACUUGCCCGAUCUAAUACUAGAUAUUCCGGAUGCUCCUACCAUUGUCGGUAAUUUCAUUGCGCGUGCUAUUGCCGACGACUGCAUUCCUCCUAAAUUCCUCAUCACUGCGAAGGUAAAAUCGGGGGAGAAAAAUUUCCAAGAAGCUGUAAGUCGAGCGGAUACUUUGCUAUCUAUGAAACAUGGCCUGGUUCGUUUACAUAACGUUUGGGGUGUGGGCGGUGCUUUACGACCAGUCAAGUACUUGACUCGUCAGAUGACCCUGCUCUUGCAAGAGUUUGUUUCCUCUGGCGAUAUUGAAGAAGCAAGCCGUUGCUUACACUCCCUAGAAGUGCCACACUUUCAUCACGAACUCGUGUAUGAAGCGAUUGUGAUGGCUUUAGAAGCAAAUAGUGCAGUUAAAGAAGAAGCUCUUUGCAAAUUGUUAAAGUCAUUUGAUGCUGCCGUUUUACUAACGCAGGAUCAAAUGGAAAGAGGUUUCCUCCGCGUCUACGAGGAUCUACCCGAUAUAUCCAUGGAUGUGCCAUUGGCAUAUAUAAUUUUGGAUCGAUUCGUUGAUCGUUGUUCAAAACAAGGCUUUUUAUCCGAAGUGGUAAUUUCCAAACUUCCUUCUAGAGGCCGUAAACGCUAUGUAUCCGAAGGUGAUCAACAAUUUUUGAAAACAUACAAAAUUUCAUAAAAUGCUUGCUUUUUAUCUAGGGUUAAAAACGUUAAUUUGCAUUUAAUUUCACUUACUAUUCACACUGUGUGUUGAAUCGUAGUAUGUUAUUUUCUUUUGUAAUGUUCUAUACAAAUAAAAUUUAUCAAAGUUAAA